CCGGGCGGCCGCGGCAGGUGUAAUUUUGACAUGAGAGAAUUGGGAGCGUUCAGCCAGGAGAAGAGAAGCUUCGGGGUGAACUAACUGUGGCCUUCGAGGCAGUCUCCAAAAUCCACCAUGAUUUCUCUCUUCGAGCCCGAGUUCCUGAAUGUCAUCAUCGGGGUCGUGUGUGGCGUGUGCCUGGGCUGGGGCAUCCGGGGGAGGCUCCGCAGGAAGCCCAGAGCUGGAAUAAUUCCAGAACCUUCCAACGGCCUGGGGGACGAGGCCGACAUCAUGGGAGAGUCCGGGGAGCUCAAGCUGGUGCUGAUCGUCCGCAACGACCUGAAGAUGGGCAAAGGCAAAGUAGCAGCACAGUGCUCCCAUGCUGCUGUCUCUGCCUACAAGCAGGUUCACAAAAGGAAUCCCGAGCUCCUGAAGCAGUGGGAAUAUUGUGGACAACCUAAAGUGGUCCUCAAAGCUCCCGAUGAAGAGACUCUGGUGCAGCUGCUGGCUGAGGCGAAGCGCCUGGGGCUGACUGUGAGCUUGAUACAGGAUGCUGGGCGUACUCAGAUAGCUCCAGGCUCCAGGACAGUCCUUGGGAUCGGACCAGGACCAGCUGAUGUCAUAGAUCAAGUUUCUGGUCACCUUAAACUCUUCUAAACUGGGAUGUGUUCAUGUAUGUCAGUACUGAAGGGAUAAAAAAUAUAAGUUGGUUUUUUUUUUUUCGGUAUCUUCCCUCAGUGUUAAUAAAACAAGCAAGUUUUGUAAGAU